GAUUUCGUGGUUUGGUGCUUCGAUGUACAGAAACAGAAGCAAACAGAGGAGGAAUGAGAGCGACGAAGAAGGUGAGAGAGCGAUUUGGCCGCUUUUUCUAUCGGUUCCCGGAGGGAGAAUCCGCCGCCGACGUCUUCGAUCGAGUCUCAAGUAUGUUUCUUCAGGAGAGGGUGGAAACUGGAAUAUAGGAGGCCCUUCUACUGAUUCGAACCCAUGGGGCAGUAAGCCUACAUCUGACGUCUGGGUAAGCCUUGAACUUGAUAUUGCUGUCCUUCUGUCGUCUCUUUGCUUUGUGUUCUUCCAUAAUUCUCUGUGUUUUCUCGAGUCUCUAUGGAGAGACAUCGACAUGAACAUACUACACAUCAACCCGUCUCAUGAGCUAAACUUUGUGAUUGUCUCACACGGCUUGACAUCGCGUGUCUUUCUGAUGAAAUGGUUCAAGUGGACUGUGGAACAGUUCGAGGGACUAAACAAUCCGGGGAACAGUGAGAUCAGAGUUAUGGAAUUAGGACAAGGCGGUGAUUACAGCUUGGCAAUUAAUCAGAUUGUGUAUACGAUUUUAAGGAGACAUAGGAGCAGAUGAAGAGGCAUUCAACGUAGAGGAGAUUUAUGGAGAUGGAAGAAAAGGUCCAACGUAGAGGCUCACAUCAAGCUUUUUAUGGGCUGAAACAAGUGAUGAAGAUCCAUGGGCCAAUAAUUAGGAAAAGAAACAAAUUUUUUGUAU